GGUUCUACCCCCAAGAACUUAUUCCCAGUUGAUAGACAAAAAGGCCGGCUUCAAAAUGGAAAAAUUCAAUAAAGCGCAAGCAAAAAAUCUGGCUGCAGCCCAGAAACUGGUGGACACCUAUGCCUCCAGCUCCGAGGACGAAGGCGAACUGGAUGAGCAGCAUAUUUUGGAGCUGCUGUACAAGAACUAUCGGCCGACGGAAAGCACCGGCAGCUCCAAGGAUGCGGCUCGGACCAGCACUUUCCUGGAGAAUACCCUGCACUCCGGAGCAGCCACUUGCCUCAUCUGCAUCGGGAGCAUCCGCCGGGUGGAGGCCAUCUGGUCGUGCGAGAGCUGCUACUGCUUCUUCCACUUGAACUGCAUCCAGCGGUGGGCCAAUGACAGCAUGAUGCAGAUGAAGGUGAAGGCGGCGGAGCAGCAGAAUGGCCAGGCCAGCCAGGGGCACUACAAUCACCUGGGCGAGUUUGUGCCGCCCAAGCGCCAGAAAUCUCUGCACUGGUGUUGUCCCCAGUGCCGCAGGGACUACCAGCCGGCGGAGAAGCCAACGCAGUACAACUGCUUCUGCGGCAAGGAGGUGAAUCCCCAGAACCAGCCCUUCCUGGUGCCCCAUUCCUGCGGCGAGAUCUGCGGAAAGUUGCUGCAGCCCAAGUGUGGACACGAUUGCAAGCUUUUGUGUCAUCCGGGGCCAUGUCCGCCCUGUGCCCAGCAGGCGCAGGUCUCCUGUUUGUGCGGAAAAUCCAGUCCCAGGUCGAUGAGGUGCAUUGACAAACAGUGGAAGUGCCAGCAAGCGUGCAAGGAUCUGCUGGCCUGUGGCAAGCACAAGUGUAAUCAGGAGUGCCAUCGACCAGGCCAAUGUCCACCAUGCACCAGCAAGAGCAUGCAGCCUUGCGAGUGUCAGCGGGAAUCCAAGAUGGUCAACUGCUCCGAUCGCAAGUGGAAAUGUCAGAAUGUAUGUGGAGCUGCUUUUACUUGCGGUUUGCAUAUUUGCGAAAAGGUUUGCCAUGCAGGAUCAUGCGGCGAUGGGGAGUGUCCUUUCCAAGUCAGGAGUUGUCCAUGUGGCAAGAAUACUCAAGUAAGACCCUGUAGCGAGGCGGAAGAAACCUGUGGCGAUACUUGCCAAAAGCUGCUGUCCUGUGGCCAGCACACUUGCACCCAACGUUGUCAUCGUGGUCCCUGCAUUUCCUGUCCAGUGAGAACCAAAAAGAAGUGCAGAUGUGGCCUGCAUGAAAAGGAGUUGCCCUGCUCCAAGGAGUUCACUUGUGAGACUAAAUGCAAGCAGAUACGUGAUUGUGGCAAACAUGCCUGCAAUAGAAAGUGCUGUGGUGACCAGUGUCCACCCUGCGAGAAGAUUUGUGGCAAGCAGCUGAGCUGCAACAAGCACAAGUGUCAGUCCGUGUGCCACAACGGUCCUUGCUAUCCUUGCAAGCUGGAAUCUCAGAUAAACUGUCGCUGCGGAAAAACUAGGAAAAGUGUUCCUUGUGGCAGAGAGAGAAGUGCACGCAUCGUGUGCCUGGAACUCUGUCGCAUUACUGCCAAAUGUCAUCACGCUAUCAAACAUCGCUGCCACAAAGGCGAAUGUCCACCUUGCGGCCAAGUGUGUGGUCUUCCCAAUGACACCAGCAAGUGUGGACACAUCUGCAAGGCUCGCUGUCAUGAGGCAGUUAGAGUAAACAAACCCAAAGAGGCUAGGCCACAGGCCAAAAAGUAUGAAUAUAAAGCAUUACCCCAUCCCCGCUGCGAGGAAGGCGUCGUUGUCACCUGCAUUGGAGGACAUGAAGUGGCCACCUGGCCGUGCUGGAACUCCAAACCCAGCUCCUGCCAGCGAAAGUGUGCGCGUCAGCUAAAGUGCGGCAAUCACAAGUGCUCCUUGGUUUGUCAUUCCGUGCAGCUGCCCAAGGACAUGUCCCAGCAAGCUGGAUGUGCCAAUUGCGAGGAGGGUUGCUCCGUUCCUCGCCCCACCGGAUGUGUUCAUGCCUGUCCCAAGGGCUGUCAUCCACCGCCCUGUGCGCCCUGCAACUUUGUAAUGAAGAGCAAGUGCCACUGUGGACUCAAUCAGUUGGUGUACAAGUGCAGCGAGUAUUUCGAUGAGACGGGCACUGUCCAGGAGAUUAUUGAACGCAGGGAAAAGCUACGCAGCUGCGGAAAUCGAUGUUUAAAGAAUUAUCCGUGUGGACAUCGCUGCACAGCCAUUUGUCACUCGAGCAAAUGUCCUAAUCCCGAACUGUGCCGCAAGAAGGUUCGCAUUUUCUGCGCCUGUAAGCGACUCAAGCAGGAGAUUGCCUGCGACAAGCAUCGAGCUGGUCAGACAUCCUUGGAGUGCGACUCCAACUGCAAAGCGGAGCAAUCCCGUGCCCAGGCGGCUGAGCAACAGCAGCUGGAGCAGAAGCGUCGCGACGAGGAGGAGCGGAACCGAAUGGAGCUCGAGAAAUUCGAGGCGAAGUUCGGCAAGCGCAAACACAAGGAGCGCAAGACCGUAGAUGUGGGUCCGGCCAAGUCCAAGAUCAAUUGGCAGCGAACGGCCAUCUAUGCAGUAUCAAUCCUCACAGUUGUGUUCGCCAUCGUGGUGGCUUUCUACGCGGACAGUUAAACGAGUGACAUCUAUCGAUUCAAACGAGAAUUUGUAAUAUCAAUUUCAACAGAUAAGCAUAUUAAAUUAAAACAAUGACUGAUAAGCA